AUGGCGCAGUCGAAUGAAGAACCCGUAUCCCUAAACAUUAAGCCUCCUGAAGCCUUUUCCUUCAAUCCUCACGACUGGAAGACAUGGAAGACUCGUUUUGAGAGACACCCCAAACUGUUUGAAGGCUUAGGUUCCAUUGAUGUCAAAUACAAAGUAGAACUGAAAAAUAACGCCAAUCCAUUUGCAAUCAACACGCCUCGUCGGAUUCCUCUUCCUCUUUGGGAAUCUACUAAAGAAGAGCUUGAAAGAAUGGUGUCAAUGGGGGUGAUCGCUGAGGUACACCAUGCCACAGACUGGUGCUCUCCAAUGGUUGUUGUGCCAAAGAAGGACUCUAACAAAUUUAAAGACUACAUUGUGGGCAAGCACAUCACGCUAGAAACAGAUCACAAACCUUUGGUAAGUAUUUUGACUACUAAAGAGAUCAAUGAUAUGACUCCCCGUCUUCAAAGACUAAGACUUCGUCUGAUGAGAUAUUCCUACAAUGUGACAUACACUCCUGGCAAACAUUUAGCCACUGCUGAUUGUCUCUCAAGAAGUCCUGUAGCAGCUAAUGAGAGUUAUGAUUUAGAUGAGGAAGUUGAACUGGCCAUCCACACAGUAACAAGAAACAUUGCCUAUGUAACUGACAUGGUUCUUGAUAGAAUUGCAUCGGCACAGCGGGCUAGCUCAGAACUCAGGGUAAUUAAAUCUUACUGCUCAACUGAAUGGCCUGAUAAAACUAAGAUUCCCGAUAAUCUUAAGCCAUACUUCACAGUUCGGGAUGAAAUCUCUUUUUGUGACGGACUAUUGCUUAGAGGAGAACGUCUCAUAAUCCCGACAACUCUUAGACAAGAAAUGUUGACAAGAAUACAUACAGGCCAUCUAGGCAUAACGAAAUGUCGACUUAGAGCCAACAAUAGUAUGUGGUGGCCAGGAAUGUCACUUGACAUUGAGAAAUUUGUUAAUGAUUGUCCCAAAUGUACUGAACAUAGAACACAACAUCAUGAACCCCUUUUGCCCAGUGAGCUUCCAUCUCGUCCUUGGGAAAAGGCAGCGAUUGAUCUCUUUAAACUUGAAGGAACAUGGUUCGUAGUAAUCACUGACUGUUUUUCACGUUAUUUUGAAAUAGCUACAUUAAAGAACCUGUCAACUGCUGAAAUAAUCGAAAAAUGCAAAUCUGUAUUCUGCCGUCACGGUAUACCAAUUGAGCUACGAUCUGAUUGUGGUACACAGUUUGCUACCAGAUACACUGGUCUUGAAAACUCUGAAUUCAAAAAGUUUGCUCAAAGCUAUAACUUUAAACUUGUGACGAGCAGUCCAAGCUACCACCAAAGUAACGGUGCAGCUGAAGCUGCAGUCAAAAUAGCGAAGAGUGUACUAAAGAAAAACAAAGACGACCCAUAUUUAGCCCUCCUAACCUACCGCAAUACACCUCUAUCCACAAGUGGAUACAGUCCUGCUCAGCUAAUAUACAACAGAUCACUGCGAGAUAACCUGCCUGUUUUACCUAAAAAACUUGAAAUCAAACCCGAUCUCUCUCAACUAAAGGAAAAAGAAGAUACUUACAAAGCAUCUUACAAGAGAAACUACGAUAGGCGCUACGCUACAAAAGAACUUCCAUCGCUGCCUGUAGGUAAAAAAGUAUGGAUCCAAGACCUAAAAAGAGAGGGUAUUAUUAUCAGCUUAGGACAAGAGCCAAGGUCAUACUGGGUUAAGACAGGAAACACUACGUUGAGAAGGAAUCGACACCACCUUUUGCCUUACAAAGAUCUCGGGUAUUAA